AUGGGAGCCCCAAAAUGCAUUGUGCUUUUGCUAAUAGUAAUAUCAGGUUUCAGUACCGCGUCAUUGGCAGCUAUUGAAGAGGAUGUAAGAACUAAAUGUGCCUUCACCAGAUAUCCGAAGUUGUGUGUUCAAACCUUGACACGAUUAGGCUUAUCAGGAAAUCAACAUGUUGAUUUCAUGUCUGCACUAGUUAACAAGACAAUAUCGGAAAUCAAUGUCCCGAUUUCAAAAUUUGAGCAACUCAGCUCCCAUUUUGUCUCUGAAGAUGCCCAACUUGCUCGAAUCAUGGAUCACUGUCAUGAGCUCUUGACAAUGUCUAUCAAAUGGCUCAACUGUUCUUUGGUGGCGCUUAGGGAGUCACCAAGAAAGCGCAAGGAAGAGGUCCAAACAUGGCUGAGUGCUGCUAUAACAUUCCAACAAACAUGCAAGGAUGCAGUAGAGGCUCAGGCUCCAUCGAAUGUAUUCCUGGCUGAAAUUUCCAGGAAAAUGGACUAUCUUUCUGAACUGACCAGUAAUCCAUUGGCCCUGGUGAACCAAAUCCCUGGAAAUUCAAAAAACAAAAUUUUCACAGGCAGGCAUCUUUUAGAAGAAGAAUUUUUUCCCAGCUGGGUACCCAGGAGUGAUAGGAAACUGCUUCAAAGUAAAAAAAUAAAAGCAAAUGUUAUAGUCGCCAAAGAUGGCUCAGGGAACUACAAAACAAUCUCAGGUGCCAUCCAGGCUGCGACUGGGAGUCGAUUCAUAAUCUAUGUAAAAUCAGGAAUUUACAACGAAAAAAUUAACAGCAACAAAUAUGGGAUUAUGCUAAUUGGUGAUGGAAAAUACUCAACUAUCAUUACUGCAAGUAGUAGUGUGGCUGGGGGUUCAAUGCUACUGGACUCUGCUACAUUUAAAAUUACAGGAAAUGGGUUUAUAGCACGAGAUAUUGGGUUUCAGAAUACGGCAGGCCCACAAGGAGCACAAGCCGUGGCACUAGCUAUAGCGUCAGAUCUGUCCGUUCUGUAUAGAUGUAGCAUUUCUGGUUACCAGGAUUCAUUAUACGCAGUCUCCCUUCGCCAAUUUUACCGCGAGUGUGACAUAUAUGGUACCAUAGACUUCAUAUUUGGGAAUGCUGCUGCUGUAAUCCAAUCUAGUAAUUUGAUCCUUCGUCAACCAGUUGUUGGAGCAUACAACGUGAUCCUGGCAAAUGGCCGGACCGAUCCAGGGCAAACCACAGGAUUCUCCAUCCAAAACUGCAAGAUUACUGUCAGCUCAGAUUUUUCUCCUGUUAAGCAUUCCUACAAAUCAUAUUUAGGGAGGCCCUGGAAACAGUUUUCCAGGGCGGUUGUAAUGGAAUCAAAUAUUGGUGAUGCAAUUGCGCCGCAGGGAUGGAUUGAGUGGCCAGUGGCCAACUUUUUUUCUUAUUCAACGCUGUACUUUGCUGAAUAUGCAAAUACGGGCCCCGGGGCUGGAACUUUUGGGAGAGUUAAAUGGCCUGGUUUUCAUGUCAUUGGAGAAACAGAAGCCUAUAAAUUCACUGUUGAUUUCAUUGAUGGAACAGGCUGGUUGCCCGAUACUGGAGUCCCUUUCCUUCCUGGUCUAGGUGGUCCAAUUCCAGCAGACUAUAGCUUGAAUUAA